CAUACUCGACUGCAUCAGGACCAGAAUUUUCGUCGAAAUUUUGCGUCACGUCAGUGGUCCAAUAACACAAAGCAGCAGCUAGAUAUGGUGUCAGAUAACCGGAGUUUCGGCGGGCAGCAAAAGGUCUACGAACAUUACAGCCAUAAUAUUAAUAGAACUCUGUACCGGUAACGAAAUUGUGAAUUGGUCAGAUACUUUUCAUAUGUAUCACUGUAUUUCAAAGAAAAGUAACAGAUUAAUAACAUAACGUUCUAUGGAUUUGGGGAUAUAGAAUAAUUAGUGCUGUGUUAAAUUGCCGCAUGAGAUUUUCUGUGUACGUACCAGACAAUUUGGAAAGACCAGCGCCAAUUUUAUAUCAUUUGAGUGGUAUGUUAUGUUCUGAACAAAGUUUUAUACAAAAGACAGGGUUUCAACGAUGGGCAUCACAUUAUGGAAUUAUCGUAGUAUCACCAGACAUUUGCCCAAGAGUUACUUUUGGUGUUGAAAAGAAUGAAAUUGAAGCUAAAGGCUUGUCAUAUUAUGUAAACGCUAUAAAAAAGCCUUGGAACAGGAAUUACCAAAUGUAUUCAUAUGUGAAUGAAGAGCUACCUAGUAUUAUUCAGGAGAAUUUUAAUGUCAACAAAGACAGGCAAUCAAUCAUGGGUCAUAGUAUGGGAGGUCAUGGUGCAUUAAUAAGUGCAUUAAAAAAUCCCGGAAAGUAUCGUUCAGUAUCAGCUUUUGCUCCAGUUUGUAAUCCAUCUCAGUCGCCUGAUGAACGAUACAUAUUAAAGUGUUAUUUUGGAGAUGAUUCAAAAACAAUGGAGGAGUGGGAUGCUACUUGUUUAAUAACUAAUUAUAAAGGACCAGCGUUAAAUAUCCUCAUACAUCAAGGAAAAAAUGAUCAAUACGAAGAAGAUUUAAGAUUGGAAAAUUUUGCAAGUGCUUGUGAAAAGGCAGAGAUUACAGUUUCAAUAAAUUUGGAAGAAGGAUAUGACCAUGGUUUUUAUUUCAUUUCAAGUUUUAUGGAACAACAUUUUCACCAUCAUUCUAAGUUUUUAUGUGAUUCUUUGUAAUUUAUUGUAUUUUAAGUAUUAUUAUGCUCAUAUAACGAGUGGUGUCAUUGACAUCAUUAUGGUGAGGGGGAAGGGGGAUUUGGGUGUUGUAUCCCCCCUAUGACCAUUUUUUUUUUAAAGACUGGCUAACUACAUUUAUUUACUGAUUUAAUAAUAAAUAUUAUUGUAUAUUAAAAUUUAAUAUUUCGUAAUUAUUUGUUUCUGUGUGAUUUUACAUGCAUACAUUUAUUGCACUGAAAAGAGAUGCUGAUAAUAAAUACAUUUUUUUUGGAGAGGGGUUAUAGGUAAAAUGUAAAAAUAUUUCACUCCUUUCCCCCGCCAAAAAAGAACAACUAAAUAAUGCCACUGAGAGGUGUGUCAAGGUAUAUCUUACCUAUAAACUUUACCAAAACUUUAUUUUAAUUUAUUUAUUUCGAAAAUACAUGGUCAAGUAGAUUG